CCACCAGUUAUUAGACGAGUCGUGCUUUUUACAUUACUGGGAUUUUCCGAAACAUUAUCCAAUGUGACUCAAUUAUAUAUAAGAACCGGGAUAGGCGAAAUAGCUGCUUCAUUCACAAGUUACAGACAAUCGAAGUGAGUCAGUAGUUUAAGGUGAGUUACAGUAUUUCGGAAGUGAUUUCGGUGGCUGUGUAAAAAGUGGUUGUUCUAAAAGAUCGUUUAGUUCGCUUGUUUUAUGUGAUAGUGGUGUAAACAUUUUGUGAUUUAUCUGAUAACAUUGGCAAUGGAGACGAAAGAAAAUCCAAGGGAAACGGAUCUCGAUCGCUUAUUGAAAGAGAGAAAAUUGCUUGAAAUACGUCUAAAUGAACUGAAAGUGAGUAUAACGAAAUGUGAUAGCCAAGAUACAUUAACAUUUUAUUCUGAAAAAUGUUCAGUUCUAUGGUCGGAAAUUGAAGAUGUACAGUUAAGUAUUGAACUAAGCACAAAUUCACUGGAUGAACAACUUCAAGUAAGAUGGCGGUUGGAGAAAAUUUACCAAGAAAUACGAGUGAGUCUUGAUGCGAAAAUGAAAACACAUGACAGUACAAGCAAGGCGUCUGAGAUAUCUACGCUGAAUGCACCUAAUAUACCCUUUCAGCCGUAUACAGCGGAAGAAAGUUUCCAGAAUUUCACUCGGCGCUUCGAAAACUACAUCAAUUUGAGAGGAAAUAUUAGUCCACAGCUAAAAGUGGAUCUAUUUCUACAAGCAAUUACACCUCGGAUGCAUGAAUUCAUUUACGACACUUGCAUACCAAACGAUCCACAUGAGAAAACAUACCAAGAACUGAUUCAGUUGAUAAUGUCUCAAAUAGAACCUAAACAAAGUAUUUCUACUCGUCAGUACAACUUUUCAUCACGUGUGCAAUUGACCCAAGAAUCUUUUCAGCAAUAUGCAAGUAUUCUUAAAAAACUUAGUUUGGAUUGUCAGUUCAAUUGUGGAAAAUGUAAUGAAUCAAUAUCUGAUAUCGUACUUCGUAUGCAGUUUGUGAAAGGAAUAUUAGACCAAUCUAUACGUCAAAAACUUCUUGAAGAUGAUCAACUACAAUCAUUCCAAGCUGUGGUAGAAGAAGCAGUCAAGUUAAGGCAAGCAAAAGGCUCCGCAACAAAUGAGUCCGUUGUUAAGGCGUUUGGAGGCGGUGCCUUGAGCGGGGGCGUUCAAAUGAGGGAGGCAAAUUCGAGCGGAGGACUGUUUGGAGGCAGCAAGCCAGCAACAGUCAGACUACUGCAGCAUCAGUCACUUGUCCCCAAGUCACUUGAGCCAACAACUAAACCCAACAACUGAAUCUUGUCAACCCGACAGGAGUGGAUUAGCUUACAUCCGAAGUAACGAAGAAAACCGAGAAAAAUAUUCCGUCCAAGGCUGAGAGCAACAGACUUUCAAGUCAUCAUAUCUAACGGAGCCACUCCUUUCUGGCAAUACUAAAAAACUCAAUCAAGUUUCUUAUUUGAGCAUACAGUACAUCUAGAGCAUCUAGAUUAGUCAUUUGUUGUUAAUGAUAACACGUUUCUCAAAAUAUUCAAUCAUUUUGAAUGAAUACAUUUCCAGUGAGAUGCCAUGCCCAACGAGCUGGCAACGCUGCAGUACAAGGUCCAUCCAUGUUUAGUUGUCAGCUGACUAGAUGUAUGCAACUAAUUUAUUCUCAAUGCAUUCUCACAAGCUAUACUCUGUUAUAUUCAGAGUUAUAUAUUCUGCUAUAUUCUGUUAUACUCUAAUGUACGUGACUAGCUAAAAGCUAGCUGGAAGGUAAAUGAUAUUUCUUCAUUAAUUAUAAUAGCAGAUACAUAAGCACAAUCAUGUUCAAGAUUGCAUGUUAAUGGUGUGUGAGUUCAUGUGUGAAUGGAGCAUCCAAAACCCUUCUAUUCAUCAAUAUUCUCAUAAUCGCAUUAACAUUGUAAAACAUUUAGCCAUUAAUAUUUUAAUCCUUAUAUUUAUUAGCCAAUAAUAAUUGUUAUUCACUACUUACCAACUGUAGCAAGAUAUAAUGAAAGUAUUAGAACAGUAGAAAAAUUGUAAUUGAAGAGAAUUUUUCGGGCAGGGCUUGACUUAACUUCGGCAGUUUUUGUUGACCUUUAUCAAAAGGGUGUCACUCAUAUUAUAUGUGUCAUUUAUCUCAAAUGUGCAAGUAAUUCAACUUUCCAUUAUUUGUGUUCAUUGACUAAAACAGUUCAAAUAAUAUUUAUGUUAAAAAGCCAAAACUUAAUCUACCUAAUUUUUCAUUUAUCCUUUAAAACCUGAUCAGACAGAACCUAUAAGGGUGUGAUCAAAUUGAGUUCAUACAUGUGCAAGUGCAAGUCGAAUCAUGCAUGAGCCGAAAAAUAAGAUUUGAAACGUACCAUUGAAACACGUUGAGACUUGCAUGUAGUUGCUCACACUGAACGCACCAGACUUUGUUUCUCAUUUGCAAGCUUGGUCAUGCAUGAGCAAGCAUGCACUUGCACAUAUACGCAUCCAAUGUGAUCACACACUUGCACAUUCAAAAGAUCAUAUGGCACAUCCGAGGAACUCUCAAAUCAACAGUGAUCAUGUUAUUUUGUCCUUGCAUUCUGAAAGUAGAAGUAGACUUGAUUUGAUUGCUUCCCAUUAAAUGUAGUUAACAGUGAACUCACUUGGCUGGAAUGUAGUGGUCUGUACAGGAAGAGGGACCUCCUCUUCUUCGGGUUCAUACUCUUCUUCGACGGGCGGUGGCGCAUGCGCGUCAAUCUGGCCGUCGUCAGCUGAUUCCUGCGGCAUGACGGGUUCAGCGGAUUCCUCCUCAUCUCCUGCUACCACCGCCGCCGCCGCAGCCACUUCUGGGACCUCUUCCGACGAUGAGUCAAAAUAGCCGCACGUGCUGAUCUCCGUAAUCAGUUUUUUCAGAUCGACGUAUGUUGUUCCAACAACCUGCAUAUCAUACAAUUCAAUCACUGAUUAAUCAGGCUUCCUUACACUUAUACAUAAUAACUUCCUUAAUCCUUAAUACAUUUAUAUGUUUUCAAGAUUGUCUUUGUAAAUGUUCAUUACAAGUAUGUUUGGGAUGAUACUUGUAGUUUAUCUGUCUUACUGUUGAUACAACCCUGACGCCUACAGAAUAAUAUGUUAAUAAUAUAAGAGCAGAAUACAUUUACUGUAUUUCAGGUACAAUAAUCAUAAAAUUACAAAUCUUGAAAUAAUAAUAAGAAUAAAUUAUUACAGCACUGUUAGAUAUAGGCUACAUUGAAUAUAAAUUAAGUUAUAAUAGAUUUAAAUAUAUUAUUUUAUUAUUUCAAAAAUAAGCAUGAUGAUAAUCAUAAAUAAUUAUAAUCGAACAUUUAAAUUCUGUCAAUGUUAUAGACAAUGAAUAAAGGCAAUAACAUUUUAUACUAGUGGGUACCAGUUUGAAAACCAACACAACUAGUGAUCGUAUAAUGUUUACAUCCUAUAAUGUUUGAUUUGUAUAAAUAUAUGACAACAGAGGAUGUGAAUAUUUUCUAAGCGGUAGUUAAUAAAUGGUAAUUUACAUGGUCUCAAGUUCGUGUGCCGGUGUGACACACAAUCAUUUACUAUUUUGUUCUGUAAUUUAAUAUCAAUAAAUUACAAAUUCU